AUGGCGGCGACUUCAGCACUCUCGAUCUUCCUGCUCUUGGUUGUGCUCGCCAUGUCGACAAAAGGAUCGUCUGCGACGGGUAGCAGCUGGUGCGUGUGCAAGUCAGAGCUGCCGGCGGCGGCGCUGCAGAGGACGCUGGACUACGCGUGUGGCCACGGCGGCGACUGCGCCCCGCUGCUCCCCGGCGGGCAGUGCCACACCGACACGGACACGGUGGCGACGCGCUGCUCCUACGCGGCCAACAGCUACUACCACAACGCCAAGGCCAAGGGCAAUGGCCACGGCGGCGCCACCUGCGACUUCGGCGGCACCGCCACCCUCACCUCGACAGACCCGAGCUCCGGGACUUGCCGAUACCCUGCAACAACUGCCCCUGCCUCUUCCCCGGCUGGUGCCCCCUGGGAGUUGUGGAUGUUCCUCUUGGCGAUCAUCGCCAUCUUCGUUUCUCUGUGCUGUUGUGUGGAGAUGCACGAGCAACGGCGCAACACCUGCCGGCAUUGA